AAAUAAACUGCGUUCGCAAAAUAUGGCGGGUCAAUUUGAUUUCCAAUUUCAAAACUUUGGGUAAAUGUUGAAAACUAUACGGUACAAGCGGCUUUAAAAUAUGCGUUUGGAUUGUGAGGUUAUAGUUCAAAACUGGUCAUCUACACAGGGCUUAGUUUGCCGUCGGAAAGCAACAAGAGCAAGUAUUUCAGUUGGCAGAAAAGCUGCUCGUUCUUCGAUCAAAUGUCACCAAAAUCAAGAAAAAGACAACGUUCUCUUGAUGCUUUCUACUGCUAAUGACCUUUCUGGAUCCAAGUAUAAGGUCAAGGAAAACAUUUCAAAUAUAUUUGGGAAAUUUGUUGGUGAUGGUAAGGCAACAAUACGUUUCAAGCAACCAUCACAUGAGUUAUGUAUAAGCAAAGCUGAUCCUAAAAUCCUAUACAAAUUUCUAACCAUCCUAAUGGGAACUAGCAGCACAGAGGGAAAAAAAGUCAAAUUGCCAGUUAUUACUUCAAUAAAAAAAGCAGAUAAACUGAAAACUAAGCAAGAUUUGAUGCUUGUUGGCCAUAGCGAGUAUCUAAAAACAAAAGCUGCAUUUCCAGAGGGUUUAGUGAAGUUGGGUUUGGUAAAUUGUUCCUUGAUAAAGUUUGAUGUUCGCAUAUUGUCACUAUCCAAUCUUGUUGAGUUAAAUUUGUCUAACAACAAAUUAAAAGAAUUAAAUUUUUCCUUGGAUCAUUUAAGAAAACUGAGGAAUUUAAACUUAUCAUCUAAUGAACUGCAAUGGAUACCAUCAAGGUUCUGUCUAAAUAUCAAAUUGAUAGCACUUGAUUUGAGUCAUAACAAGUUAGUGUAUUUACCUGUUGCUUUUGGUUGUAUAACAUCAUUGGUGAACUUGAAGCUAAACAAUAACAAUAUUGUCUCACUACCUUACAACACUUGCGAACUUGUUAAUCUACGAUUGUUAGAUGUCAGUAACAACAAUUUAACCAUUUUACCAUGGACAGUUGCCUCAAAUUUGAAGCUGCAAAAAUUGGACAUUGCAGCAAACAAGUUUUUAACUCACGAAAAUUUUCAAAUCACGCGCAAUUGUCUCGAUUAUAGUCUUCAAGAUCUGGCGGGAAAAGCUAUCAAGAGAGCAAGAUUAUCUUAUAAUCCACAUAUGAUUGGAAGAUUGCUCUGCGAUUUUCUCGAUUCUGCGAAAAUCUGUUUCAAAUGUCGACGUUGGUGUAUCAGCUGUAUCUAUGGGAUUGGAUGUACGUUUCUCAAUGAUUUGGCUCAAGAAGUUAUCUCCUCUGGUGACCGUUAUGUUCCCAUUGAACUCUACUACUGCUCACAGCAAUGUUUUAAUGGAAAGAUGCAUAAAAUACAAAUGGAUUGGUUAAGGACGAGAUACCGUUUUCAAAGACGUAUGUUGAACCGUUGAACGUUGUAAAACUCUGUAAUAUUAGUGCAUAGAUAGUAAAGUUAUAUAAAUCCUUUUUUAUGUUCGA